AUGGGGCAGUUUCUAGCCCGUGGUGUUUCCGUUACCACUUCUUUCGACUAUGUAUCGUUUGACAACGAACCGGGUGCUGACCUGAAUACCCCUCGCUUCUGGGAGGGCGAUCCAACCGAAAGCACAUUACGAACCCCAACUUGGGUCAAGACUCCCAAUGUGACCGUCAGAGACAUCAGACCUGAGCAAGACAAAUACUACUUUUCAAAAGAUGGGUUUCAACUCUUGGGCAUCCCGACAGCUCACAGCCCGCAUCCUGAUCAUCAAGACGAGGUCCAGGCAUACUUGGGAGAAACAGCGGCUCACGUCCGGAAACUCCUCAAUGCCUCUCAGGCUUUUGUCUUUGAUUAUAGAGUCAUCCGAUCGCCAGCAUCACCAGAAGAACUCUCCUGGGCGCGUGGGCCGGGAAAUGCCCGACGCACCUUUCACAAAACCCCAUGUUGCGCAUGGCGGCCGUUGAACCUUCCAGUUGAAGACAUGCCCCUCGCUCUCUGCGCAUUUCCCUCCCUGGACCUUUCCGACGUGGCAAGCUCUCAUUUCCACGGAGGCCCUGGUUACAUCGCGGAAACCUAUGUUCUGCGGCAUAACAAGAACCAAAAAUGGGUCUGGUUUGGCCAACAACGACCCGAUGAAUUGUUGGUCUUUAAGAACUUUGAUUCAGAGCCAGGGAACAGCCCAAGAUGUGAGUUUCAUACUUUUGCCAUUUUGAAGACUAGCUAA